AUGCCUCCGGAGACGAGCCUGUCUGUGUCCCAUGUUAGCUUGGAGCGGCCAGAGCUUUCGGAGGUACCAUGGGAGACGAGGGUCCCUCUGGCUGAACGACCUUGUCCGCUGGUGGUGAACCCUCAACAGAGGGCCCUUAUUGAGCCAGCUAUGAAAAAUUCAGACAAGUAUAUGCAAGAAAUCAGAGAAUAUUGGAAGAAGAUCGAUGAGCUAAAUGCAACCCUUCCUGAGAAGGAUCAGUUCUUCACUGUUUCUAUUCAACCUCGAUGUCCAGAACCAGCUUCCUUUUUCACGUACUACAGACUCUAUGCAUUGAACGACACCAACCCAACUCCCCUUACAAGGAAACGAUUCACAGAGCCAAGAAAAGACUACCCGGUAUUGACUAUGCUCCAAAUAUUCUCAUUCAGAUAUGUUGGCGACUUCCUGCGUGAUCAGAGCAUGCUAGUAUAUGGGUUCAUUGCUAUUCGGGAUGAGUUGGAUUGUCUGCGCAAUUACAUCUUCAACUGUCCUAGAGAGCAGGCGCACGAGAUAACACCGGAUUCCCGGACGUUGCCGCUCAUAUCUCCUGUUCGUGGGAACUCUAUUCUCGAUGGUGUUCUUCUUGAGUACAGCCUGAAGGUCAAGUCUAAUGGCAGUGACAACGCUGAGAUGGAUUAUGUAUUAGCUGAUGGUUGCAUUGAAUAUACAGAUCACAUGAUUCUGCGUGGCACUACACUGAAGUCGAGGCUUUUUUGCAAGCUUGGCCCAGUGGACUUCCAUUAUGCUUUCCUUAGGCAGGGCAUCGAAGCAACAGUUGACAUUGAGAUUUCAAUGGCUAGUCCAGCUUGGGGCGUGAAGGCAGUAACUGCAUUUACAAGCGGACUUUCGGAUGCAAUUGUGCUGUAUGAUGGGUCUACUGAUUCUUCUCCUGCACAAUCAGUGUUCCCUAUAUCAUCAGUUGUUACUGUCCAACUGGGUCAUGAGCUAAAGCUUAAAUUUGACAUCACCUCUAAGGAUACUGUGCACAAGGGGUGUGCGAAGAGGUUCGUGCCCCGGAAGGCAGCGUCGGCGCAAUACCAAAGGCCUGAUGUUGUGAUGGAUGGAGAGCCAGAACCAAAGACAUAUUCCCGUUUCCUCACUUUCAUUUCACAGAAAUGUUCAUUUGUCAGUGGUAAAGUAUCGAUCGGUGACGAGUUCAAAGCUGAGGUUAGAGCGACCUGGUCCACCAUGGGGCCAUAUUGA